AGUUGCUGUGUCUCCUUGGAGUCACACGUGGCCUUUUUGUACCGUUAGAGGCUUCUUUGCGUUUUUUUCCCUCACCAGAUUUUAUUUUAUUUUUUAGAGACGAACAACAUAACGUUUAUCGGUCGCUUUGGUCCAGUGAAAUGUGAAUCAGGUAGAACUUUAAAGAGAAUCGUCUAUGGAAUAAAACUAUAAAUCACAGUGUGGAGCACCAGCUGAUUUGGCGUCAUGAGCUGCUUCGUGCGUUUGGAGCGAUCAGUGAUUAAUCAACAAAGACGAAAGGAGUCGUCAUGAAUAAACUACAUCAAACAGCUCGUCGCAUUUCAACACGCGGAGCAGACGCGGCCACAGUGGAAAAUCUUCCAUUUCCAGCGAGAGCUCGACCAUUUUGUGUGAAGUGUCCCGUAUGUCUGACCGACUAACACACAUUUGAGCCUCGUCGACGGAGCGCGUCAGAGGGCGGAGUCUGAGCGUUCAAAACACAGCCUGCGCUCAAACCCUCGGACUGUUUGCUUCCUGCCGCUUCUUUGUUUGCGCCACUUGUUUUAGACGCGUCGAGCUUUUUAUUCCAACACCUGUUUCGAUCGUCCCCUUUUUAUUACUAUAAUGCGGCUGCGUUCAGCGUAUUUAACCCCAGCCUCGCGUCGUCGCCACAUUGUUUUCUCCCGCAGCAUCCGACUGGCGUUUGGCUGUUCGCUGCGUCCGGUGACUAUGGACUAAAGCCACCGCCGUAUAAAUGCACCGAGCGUCGAGCAGAUACUCGUUUGAAUUCCAAGAGGUGCGUGUGCCCCGCGUGCAGCCUGGCCUGUGCUGCGGUGGCGAUGAAGAACCCCGGCGCCGCGCAGAGCCAGCGGCUGCUCGGCCUGCUGGAGGCCGCUCUGCUGCGGGAGGCGCGUCUCUGCAGGGCGCCGGUCUUCAAGAACGGCCGCAUCCAGGGCGCCGACAUCUCUUCGUCCCAACACCGAGAAAUGAUCCUGUGGCUCGGAGAGAUGAGCAAGUUGUUCCAGUUCCUCCCAGAGACCUUCGCGCUGGGAGUGUGCGUCCUCAACCGCCUGCUCUCCACUGUCAAGGCUCAGCGUAAAUACCUGAAAUGCAUCGCGUUCACCUCGCUGGUGCUGGCUGCCAAAAUCAACGAGGAGGACGAGGUCAUCGGUUCCGUCAAGGACCUGGUUGCGCAGAGCGGGUGCAGCUUCUCCACAGCGGAGAUCCUGCGCAUGGAGCGCAUCAUUCUGGACAAGCUGCACUGGGACCUGUACGCCGCCACGCCCGUCGACUUCCUCCACAUCGUGAGUCGGAUCAGAACCGAUGAAAUCUGUGCAAAUUCUGCUCAAAACGCGCGUCACAUCUGAUUGAAGGAGGUUCAGCUCCACCGGAGCUCCUCAGCACAAAGAACUGGUCCCAGUAGAGAUUGUGCGUUUGUUUAAUUUCAGUCCUUGUGCCCAGAAUCACUCUGAACUCCAUUCAGUCCUGGUUAAAGCCGGUGUUCGACCAAUAAAUCCUCCUCAGCUGUGACAAAACAAUCUGCUCCUUUCUAAAUAACCCAAGAGCUCUGAGCCCGGGUCCCGUCAUGCAGCGGCUGAGGCCGUGGACCAGUUCCACCGUUCGAUUCUGCGCUCGUUUACGUAGCGAAUUUAAAUAGCUGGAAGGAAGCGGCCGCGUCGCGUGCAACAAACGACCGUCUCACAACACAAAUACCUGCACGCAGACGUGAUUCUGACCCAGACGCAGGUUAAUGUCCCCGCGUUUAAUAGAAAAUCUAAGACUUUCAAAAUAAAGAGACGUAAUGUAUUGAUAAAACUAUAAUAAAAUAAAGGCUUUUCUCUUUUUAUAUUAUUCAGAUAAACAAUCUUUCAAAUAAAUACUCAUUUCAUUUGC